AUGGGGGACAAGAAAAAGGAACGUUGGUGGAAAGCUAACAGUGAAACAGAUGUUGCAAAAUCAUCUGCUAUGGAUGUGGACAAGGUAUCUGUUGUUCUUUUAGACGGUACUUGCUUCCUUGCUAAUGAAAUGAUUUCUUCUUCAAAGUCUGGUACAAAAUCAACUAAGGAUGAAAAUUCAGAGACUCCCAAGACAACUGUAAUGAAACUUACCUCAGGAAAAGAAAAUGAGUCUGAUAUGGUGAAAACCUUGUUGGUAUACGGGUCAAAGUUUGGUGGCCUAAGGAUCAUCUUCUAUGACGAUGGAGAUGAAGAAACAUUAAAUCUUGUGAAGGAAAAAUGGAAGGUCAUUGAUGCUAACUCAGAUGCUGAUGAGGAGGAACAAAGUGAGCGUGCAAGUCUUGACGUUUCCACUGAUAUGUCACCAAAGAAGAAACAGAAAACAAAUGUUGGUGAGUCAAACAAGCAAGGAAAGACGGAUGCUUCUUCCAGAAGUGAUGGAGCAGCAGCAUCCCAUAGAUCAAAGGGUGUAUCCAUGAAGUCUAUCCAAAAGACUAAAGAUGGCAACAAAUCAAAAGAUUCCAGGACUAUUAGCAAAUCAGAGGAUGAAGUUUGUAGAAAAUCCAAGGACAACACUGCUAAAAAUAGUAGCAGGAAAUCUGUUGCUGCUGCUAAGAAAGUGAGUAAUAAAUUAAAAAACACUGAUACUUCCAAGACAAUUGAAUCGAAGGGUGAUGAAAUUAACACGCCAAAAUCUUGUGCCAAGUCUAAGCAUGAAACUUUCAAAUGUGAAAAAUCUAAACUAGAAACCCUUGAGUCAUUGAUAGGAAAACGUCACAAAAGUGGUGGAAAAAUGGAUGUUAAUGGUACUGGCAAUGGGAAAUCUGGUUUGUUGAAGAGAAAAGAUCCCAAGAAUGAUUCAAAUGUUUCGGCAGGAGAGGUUGAAGAUGUCAAGGGAAAGACUUCACAUUCAUCAAAGCUACAAGGAAGUGAACUCAAGAGUGGAAAAAAACUUCAGAGAAACUAGAAGUGAGUAUUUAUCCUGGCUAUCAGUUUUACUCUUCUUGUAAUGAAUUUAAGCCUUGUGUAUAAGGUAGCUGUUUUAUCUUGUUGCUAGCAUUGUUAUAUUUAGUUAUGGGUUAGGCUAGCUUAGUUGUAGUAUGGAUUAGUGUCUGUACUCACUUUUUGGUUGUUUGUAGACCAGAUCGAUGUUAUAUGAAGGGCAACGCUAGAA